AUGAAUUUCUCGCCGGCCUUGCCCCUGGAAGCAACCAAUAGCCAGUUUCUAGUCACGGUUCUGAAAUGGGUCUUCUGGGGCCGGCCGAAGCUCACUCACCAAGGGUGUGACAUGGCCUUGGGUUGGGGGCUCUGGCGUCAACAUAACCACGGGCCAAAAUGCCAUCUCGAUACCCUCACCCAUCGAUAUCCCUGUGAUCUCGAUGACAAUGGGCUUCGCCGGAUCCGCAUCCCAAGCAUCCUCCCAGUCCCCAACUUCCUCGGCACAAGCGUCUGCAAAUUCGAAUUCCUCGUCAGAUUCAAUCGCUCAGUCAUCUUCUAUAUGCCCAUCAUCAGCCGCACCACAGAUAUCCACUACAGCUUCGGAGAGCGGCACUUCUUCCCAGUCAACGUUUGGUCUCGAGAUAGGCCUAGGAGUGGGCUUGGGGGUGCCGCUGAUCGUCGUCGCGUCAGUUUGCAUCAGUUUUAG